AUGCCAUCUGAGUCGCCUGAGCCCCUUGGACGGGCUUCGAGUGGCGGGGAGCAUGAGGGACACGUACGCCCUAAGGCCGAACAGGCAUGUAAGGAGUGCCGCCGCAGGAAGUCCAAAGUUAGUAUCGAAACCUAUCACAUCGAUCUUUCAUUGACAGAUUCGAAGUGCGACCGCAUAAUUCCGACAUGUGUUCUGUGCCGCAAAUUUGGGCGACAAUGCAACUAUGAGAAAAAGACAAAAACACCGCUCACUCGACGCUACCUUAAUGAGGUCGAGAAUGAGCUAGAGCGCACCAAGGCACUACUCGGGCAAUUCGUGGGCCCAUCGAGUAACCAUCAGAAUGUGGACUUUGGGACACCGCUUGAAGAUUCAGGUCAAGCAUCUAACACGUCAGACUUUACCGGAUCUCAACUCCCAGGCAACUUAGGAUCUGGGGACCGGCAAACGCGAAGGCCCUUCGAUUAUUCGAGCAAUCUAGAAAGCCCUUCCCGACCAUUAACCCAGCAUAAUGUGGCCGAGGAUUCCCAUGUUCAUUCAAAACCACGAUGUCGGUCGCCUUACUCACAAAGGCGAUCCCAGGCUCUGUCCUGUCUGUCAUUAGAAACUCACUCCUCUCCCAGCAACUUCGAAUGGGAUGAAAGAAACGAAAUCUCAAAUGGCGAAAAAUUUGUUGAUGGAAUGGCAAGCUUGACAAGUGGCUCCCAUGAGGGCGGCUAUUUAGGAGUCGCAUCGGGGGCUGCGUUAUUGCGUGCAGCUGAUACCGGCAUCGACGGCACAACCGAAGUUUCAGACUUGGAACAGAAUUUACCGCUAGCUAAUCGGCACACUUCGAGCAUCCCUUUUGCGUUAAACACCUUGGGUCAGUUGGAACCAUUCGUGGACGCCUAUUUCUCUGUCUUCCACCGGUCGUAUCCAAUUGUACAUGAAGCAACCUUCAGAGCUCAGCUUAUGGAGGUGAUUCCCCGGCCACGUGGAAACGCCUGGCAAGUAUUGCUAUUCAUAGUGUCUGCCAUGGGCGUAUGGACGACAGCAACAGCACCUAUUGAUAUUGACAUCGGGCUUUAUGAAGCUGCAAAAGCGCGGCUAUCUAUUGAUAUGCUGGAAACUGGAAAUUUAGUGCUGGUGCAAGCGCUUACGAUAAUGUCGAACUAUAUACAGAAACGAAAUAAGCCGAAUUCUGGCUACAACUACACCGGUUUAGCCCGUCGCAUUGCAAUGGGUAUUGGCUUGCACAAAGAAUUUUCCAGCUCGCAAGCGCGAGGUAAUCUGUUUACCACUGAGAUGAGGCGACGAAUUUGGCACUGCCUCUACAUCUUUGACGUCGGUGCGAUUAUUACUUUCUCGCGGCCUCUUGAUUUUCCAAAAGAUGGCAUCGACGUGGCACUUCCGAUAAACAUUCAUGAUCCGGACUUCACACAAGGAACCAAAGUCAUGCCCGCCUCAGCUAAUGAAACGACCAUUUAUACUCAUAUGAGAGCCCAAGCAAGCUUCCACAUGGCAAGCCGUGAGAUCUACUCAAAGAUAAUCUCUUCUCCGUUUCCCUCCCCAUCAGACCUGUUAGACAUGGACGACAAGCUUAUUGGAUGCUGGCUCCGUGAUAUCCCACAUUUCUUUCAAGAAAGCGCUCUUCAAGAACCCAGAUUCCGGUUAUGCCACUCUAUUUUACGAUGGAGAUAUCGAAACUUUCGCAUCCUCAUGUAUCGGCCGUUUCUAGUCAGCAGGCUUAUGAUUCGGCUAGGGCAAGGUAACACUCAGGACAGCGAUGCCAGAACAGAUAUUGUGGUUCAACGAUGCUUGGAUGCUGCCCGCGAGUCUGUCGAGCUCAUUUCAAUAUUCUGGUCACAAGAGCAACAGAAUAUGAUGGCUUGCUGGUAUGGAUUAUAUUUCUUGUUCCAAGCUGUUCUCAUCCCUGUGAUCUGCCUUCGCAAUGAUCCAAACGGAUCGCUCGCGGUUGGGUGGCGUGAGCAGAUCUAUCAAGCUAUGAGUAUCCUUGAGUCUAUGGCGCGGCUCAAUCCAACGGCAUUGCGGUGCCUGUCGGUCAUUCGUGACCGAUGCGGGAUAUAUCUCGAUCCUUCAACCGAUGGGUGGGGCCUUCCGACGGAAGAGUCCCCCCAGACACAACUGGCACAUCUGUAUCCCUUGAUGUGGCCGACGCUGGAGAUGGCCCAGCUUGAUGGGAUGAAUUCAGUUUUACAAGAAUCUACUAUCGUGGACUUUAUGAAUCAAGUUCCGGGCGUGGAAUGA